ACAAAUUAAUUAUUUCGGCUUUUACAUGGUAGCAGUCUAAGUCAUCAUCAAAUUUCCAGAAUUUCAGCUCUUUUGUGAAUCCAGUUUCACAACCAUGAUGCAUCACACAAGAAUCCCUCUUACUUAUGUAGAUUAGUUACUCUUCUUAAAUUGCCUUAACCAGAGGUAAGGCUUUAUAAACAACUCAAAUGGACAUCACUUUUUCUGUGAACUUUGCCAUAUUGAUCCACCAAAAGAAACUAAUCUCUUCUAAAAACAUACAAAGAAACAAAUUAGGUAUGACAAAGAAAUGUUUUAGUUCUAAACAGAUGGGAUUAGAAGGAUUAGAGAAAAGGUUACUCCUUGAUAUGAGUCAUUUUAAAAGCAUGAACUCAUCAGCCUUUGAAGUAGUUUCCAUUCAACCUGUAAAAUAUAUAAAUUGUGCCAUUCCAGAAAUGGAAAACAUAAUUAUUUACCACUGGAAAAGAUGUCUUAGAAUUAGAGAAGUGCCAAACUUCUAUGCAAGCGUUAAAUUACUAAAAAAUGUGCAUCUCAUCAUAUAUCCUAAUUCUCUCCCUUCUCUCUCUUUUUUCUCAAGGUUUUCUACUCUCAGUUUCAAAGUCUCUGCAAGAGGUAGAAGAUGAAGAUAUGUUGCUUGCUGCAUUAAAUCUAGGAAAAACUCUACAAAAUGGAGAUAAAAGUAUGAACAGAGGAGCUAUACCUUUGCUGAAGUACUACAAGGCUGAAGACAGCAGUGUUUUCAAUGAUAAGAAUGCUGGAAACACAAAGUUUUUGGAUAGAGGUUCCAGGCAUGAUUUCUUCAAUCAUGUUAUGCCAAUCAACAUAGGUAGAAAGCAACUACCAUAUCCUGCACUGAAGGGAGCCAUGGCUUUUCCAGCUGACACUGAAAUUCAAAAUAUUGAGUCAAUACAGGAAAGAGAGACCACAGAUGAAGAAAAUUCAGCUAAAUUACCUAUUGGAAGAAGAGAUUUUGACAGUAAAUAUAUUUUAUUUUUGCACAGAAAAUUAUUUCAUUUUGGUAAAGUACACUGCAAUGUCAAUAGAGCAAUUUGGUAAAGGUUCAUUUAGAGACUACAUGACUGUUAUGAUUUGGUGCACGUGGGAGGGAGCAUUUGUUAAAUUAAUAUUUCCAGAAGCCAUAAGAAUACUGGUUCUUUGAUGAUUGAAAUUUUCAAGCUCUUUUUCUCUCCUGCAGUCCUCAGGUGUAUGCUGGGAAGAGUCUAUCGACCUUGUUGGCAAGUGUGAAAACUACUUAUCUCCACCACCUUCUCUGAACAGUAAACAUUUUAUUCUGAAUUUAAUGUAAUUUGAAGUUACUGAGUGUUGGUGUAACUGUACAUACACAUCCAAACUUAAUUUCCCAUUGCAUUGUAGAGAGAUACAUAAUUCAUUACCAAAAAUAACAGUGUAAUCAUUAACAAUGUACUGUUGUUAAAAAAUAAAAUACUUCAGCAUA